AUGAUGAAGGGAAGCCGAACGUUGGUGCCAGCCCGCAGCGGCGUAAUGACAUCGACGGUUUGCGUGCUUUGGCUGUGUUUGCGGUCAUCUUUUUUCAUGCAAAUCCUGCAUGGCUUCCUGGGGGGUUUGCUGGAGUCGAUAUGUUUUUUACCAUCUGGCUACGUGAACACAGUUUCUUUACUUCAUGGCUGUGAAGAUACAUGCGUGGACACAUUAAACUUCUAUGGCCGGCGCAUGUGGCGUUUGGCACCUGCCCUCAUGGCGACCGUGCUGAUCACCACCAUCCUCAAUUCUGUGCUCAUGCUACCUUCCUCUCCAGGCAUGGAUGGUUACUACAUAUCAGGUCUCCUUGGGCUUGUGGGCUUGUCCAAUAAUUACUUUGCCAGUCUGCAGCUAGAUUAUUUUGAAAACGGGCACAGCCAUCAGGAGCUCAAUCCCUUCAUGCACUUGUGGUCAUUGGGUGUUGAAGAGCAGUUCUAUGUACUCUUCCCUUUCCUGCUGAGCUGGGCGCGAAAGCUUCAGUCGCCCGCUUGGGUUAUCGCAGUGUGCGCUGUCAUUUCCAUGCUUGUGUCCUGCAUCCUCACCUGCUCGACUUAUUCCAACGCCCAAGUCGCGUUCUAUAUAUUACCGUCCCGGUUUUGGGAGUUGGCGCUUGGCGCGUGUUUCAUAUGA